AAGCACCAUGGAUUGGUGCGGGAAGAUAGGUAGGCUCUUGUUCUCAGUACUUGUUCUCUCCAUGGCUGUGGGCUGUGGUGGGUCUCAUCUUUCUGUACGUUUGCGGGCCAGGUUUAAGAAAACAAGGGGGAAAGCUCUCAGUAGGACUUAAAGAAAAGGGAAAGAAGUAGGUGUGACAGGGCGCUCUUGCUUUGCUGCCGUGGAAGCUGUGUGUCCAUCAUUUGUCACAGUUAGCUGGAUUCUGCCCGCCUGAGGGGACUGAACCUUUCUGUCAGUCGCAGGCUGAAUAAGACCCCUCAAGGUUUGCUCUCUUGCCGAGCACCCUGCAGCUCUGAAGGGGCGAGCAGGAGAAGGAAAGAAAGGCUGAGCAGUGGAAGCCCAGGUGCUCUUCCUCCAAGCCUGGACCAAGCCACCGUGUCGGGACAGACGCCUGUGGCAGGAUGGCUCGGAAGAUGAGUGUCUGUGAGCUGGAGGACCAGCUGCUCUGCCCCAUCUGCCUGGAGCUCUUAAAGGAGCCCCUGAUGCUCCAGUGCGGGCACUCCUUCUGCAAGUCCUGCGUGGGGUCCCUGGUGUGCAACCUGGACCAGCAGCUCCUGUGCCCCGUGUGCCGCCAAGCUGUGGACUGCAGCACCUUGCUGCCCAACGUCACGCUGGCCUGCGUCAUCGACGCGCUGCGGACCCUGGGCGAUUCAGAUCCCAACCAGGAGUCCUGCCCUGUCCACCACAACCCCCUCAGCCUCUUCUGUGAGCGGGACCAAGAGGUGAUCUGUGGGCUGUGCGGCAUCAUUGGGGCUCACCGUCAGCAUAAGAUCCUGCCAGUCUCUACCAUAUACAGCCGGAUGAAGGAGGAGCUGUCAGUGCUAAUAACGGAGGUCCAGCAACACAAGAGGAAGCUGGAUGAGCACAUCAGCAAGCUGGUUAACAAUAAAACCCGGAUCGCAAAUGAGUCCGACGUCUUCAAGUGGGUGAUCCGGAAGGAGUUCCAGGAAUUGCACCGAUACAUUGACGAGGAGAAGGCCAGCUUCCUGGGGAGCAUUGAGAGGAAGGCUGGCCACCUCAUUGCCUCCAUUGAGUCCCAGGUCACGCAGACGUCAGACGCCCUGCACAAGCUGCAGGAGAUGGAGAGCUCGCUGGAGAAACUCAACAAUGAAAGUCAGCUGGAUUUCAUCCGGAACUACGGCUCAUUCCCCUCCAGGUCAGAGUUUCUCCCCCAGCACCCAGCUGAAGGGACCUUCAGCGCCAUCUCCUUUAAGCCAGGUUUCCACCAAGAUGACAUCAAGAUGACAGUAUGGAAACGUCUGCUCCGCAGAGUCCUGCCAGCCCCAGAGACGCUGAAGCUGGACCCGGUGACAGGACACCCGCUGCUGGAGCUGACCAAGGACAACACCGUGGUGCAGAGCAGGCUCCUCUACCAGCGCCGGGGCAGCAUCCCUGAGCGCUUUGACUCCAGCAACUGCAUCCUGGCCAACAAGGGCUUCUCCUGGGGCAAGCACUACUGGGAGGUGAUCGUAGGCACCAAGAGCCACUGGCGCCUGGGCAUCAUCAAGGGCACAGCUAGCCGCAAGGGCAAGCUGCACAAGUCUCCCGAGCACGGCGUGUGGCUCAUCGGCCUGAAGGAAGGAAAGGUCUACGAGGCCUUCAACAACCCCCGCACCGCGCUGCCACUCACGGCCCGGCCCCAGCGCAUCGGCGUCUACCUGCACUACGAGAAGGGCGAGCUGACCUUCUACAACGCCGACAGCCCCGACGAGCUCAUCCCCAUCUACACCUUCCAGGCGGAGUUCCAGGGCAAGCUCUACCCCAUCCUAGACAUGUGCUGGCACGAGCGGGGCACCAACGCCCUGCCCAUUGUGUUGCCCACGCCCGCCAUGAUUCGAGACACACAAGCUCCCGACAGCAGCCUGGACCCACCGGAGCCCACAAAGCUCUAGAUCUCCACCCAGAGCCCCCCACCCUCCCCAACGUUUGGGGAUUGUCAGAGCUCUCUGAGCUGUGCUGCCCAGCUGGGG